CUUGAGAUUAUAGCAUCUCCAGAAAGUAGAUCUGGAAAAAAGAUCACAUUUUGAGUUGAUCACGUUACUCUAGGAGUCUUAAGACCCCAAAAUAACUAAUGGACUUAAACCAAAGAAAAGAACUUGCACCGACUACCAACCAAGGCAGGAACAAUCUGUUGGUGGCAAGGCUUUGAAUGCUUCCUUUUGGUCAUUCACUACCCAUAUUAUAUAUCCCUAUAUAAACCAAUAGCCAUUUCCUAUUCCAUCACCAAGUAAAGCAACAUAUUUCUACAGCUCAACUCUACCUCUCUCAAUAUCUUCCCCACAAGGCUAGCUAGUUAGGUAGCACAAGAAAUGGCAGCCAUUGCUGAGAACAAUGUCAAUGCUGAUAAUCAGCACACAACUCCUCCAUUGGAGGAGAAGCUCAAUGGGAUGAAACUCAAGGAUGAAACAAAGGUGGCAGCCGAGACUCUUGAUCAGGCCAAGAAACAAGAGGAAGUUGCAGCAGCAGCAGCAGCAGAAGAAGUUGCAGUUGAAGUAGAGCCGAAAACUGGGGUUUCGUUCCCGGUCAAGCUGACUGAUGGGAAGGAACUGAUGACCGUUGGUUUGAGGAAGAAAUCCAUGCUUGGCAUGGGGAUCAAGAUCUACGGCUUUGGGAUGUACUAUGACAAGGAGAAGCUGAAAGAGAAUCUCAAGACAAAGAUUGAUAGCAAGGAAUCCACUAAACCAACCAAGGAAAUGUACCAGGCGGUGACCGACAGUGACUCAGCCAUGACAGUGAGGCUGGUGAUUGUGUUCUCUUCGCUGACCAUGAACAUGGUCAAGAAGAACUUUGAUGAAGGUCUCGGAGCAUCUAUCAAGAAGCUCACUGGAGGGAAGAAGAACGAUGAUCUCGCCAACAAGGUGAUGGGUGCAGCUUCUGAUGGAAUCAAGCUGUCGAGUGGCUCUGUGAUUGAGAUCUCCCGGCUACCAGGGAAUGUACUCCAAACCAAAGUGGUGGAUGAGGUCAUCAGCAAAGUUGAGAGCGAGCUUCUAUGCAGGGCAUAUGUUAACAUGUAUUUGGGAGAUGAUCCAUUAGACAAGGAAGCCAAGGAGAAGUUUGGGAUGCAAUUGCUUUCUAUGUUCUAAAACACCUAGAAACCUCCAUCAAACUCGUACCAAGACAAUCAAUAAUAAGAAGCUGGUGUAGCUAGCUGCUCAAUAACACAAGGGCAUCAUGACAAUCAAUCAAACUUUCCUGUUUCAUUGUAUGUUACAUUCUAUGUUACCAAGUGUAACUUGAUCUUUAGCCAUGGCAAUGACAAGUGUGAUAAGAAUCAACUGCAAUUCGUCCAAUCAGAUGUCGAGGCUCGCUCUAGCUAAUUACAUCUCAUACAUAUUGAUAAUAUCAUAUCAUCACAAAGAGGCAACAUACAAAUAUCUUG